AUGAGACUUUCAGACAGUCCGAUGUUGACAUUUGUGAUGGAGGGCGGUGGUGGAGGGCGGUGUGGAGGCAGUGGCGGCUCCUCGGAUCGAAAACAAACAUUUGAGAGUGUGAAGGGAAGAGAGUUCAGGGAGUGGGAGCAGAGGUGGAGAGGAGGUGGAGAGGAGGUGGAGCAGAGGGAGAAGCUCACAGUUCAAAGAUGCCUCUGUAAUGACAGGUUACGCUCACGCAGAGGGUUACGCUCACGCAGAGGGUUACGCUCACGCAGAGGGUUACGCUCACGCAGAGGGUUCCGCUCACGCAGAGGUUACGCUCACGCAGAGGUUUACGCUCACGCAGAGGGUUACGCUCACGCAGAGGGUUACGCUCACGCAGAGGGUUACGCUCACGCAGAGGGUUCCGCUCACGCAGAGGGUUCCGCUCAUGCAGAGGGUUACGCUCACGCAGAGGUUUAUGCUCACGCAGAGGGUUACGCUCACGCAGAGGUUUACGCUCACGCAGAGGGUUACGCUCACGCAGAGGGUUACGCUCACGCAGAGGUUUAUGCUCACGCAGAGGUUUACGCUCACGCAGAGGUUUACGCUCACGCAGAGGGUUACGCUCACGCAGAGGUUUACGCUCACGCAGAGGGUUACGCUCACGCAGAGGGUUCCGCUCACGCAGAGGGUUACGCUCACGCAGAGGGUUACGCUCACGCAGAGGCACCUGCCACGUGGAGCAGCUGGGCGGGGCUAGGAAUGACCCUUAGAAAUGAUUGGAUGGUGGGCGGGAGAUGUGUAGCACUGGGGUCUUCUACAGGGAAAAAAGUGUGGUUGUGCCGAGAGGAGAACACGCAGAUGAAAACAUGUCUACUGCCACGAAUGCUGCGAAACGACAAGUCCACGUCUGCAUUUGACUUUGAAUGUGAAGGCUAG